AUGGUCAGCAAUUUAUCACAAUACGACACUCUCAUGUCUCUUAGUUUAUGCAAAGAUGUUAUUGGCAUUUCCUUGCCUAGUAGCUUUACUAUACAAUCCAAGACCAAAACAGUCAACACCUCCAUGCUAGGAAAGGUCACCUUUCCUAACAUGGAGGACUUGAGUGUUCGGGCCUUGCAUUGUAUGGUAAAGCUACUAGGCAAGGAAAUGCCAAUAACAUCUUUGCAUAAACUAAGAGGCAUGACCGUGUCGAAUUGUGAUAAAUUGCUGACCAUUGCAAAAUCUGAUUCAAUUAAGUUACUGCAAAAUCUUGAUUUUCUUAAUGUGGAUGCAUGUGAUGCACUUGAAGCAUUGUUUGACUUUGAGGGUAUAAAGGUCACUAAUGAUGAUGCAGAAAUUAAUAUGCUUGGUCGAUUAACAUCAUUGUCGCUAUACUUACUACCAAAAUUGGUGCACAUUACAAGGAUGGUUCCAAAAGGAAUUCCUGUCUUCCAAAAUUUGACACAUCUUCAUGUUAUUGCUUGUGAGAGCUUAAGAUACUUAUUUUCACCUUCUAUAGUCAACUCACUUGUGGCCCUAGUAGAUUUAUCAAUUACAUGUUGCGAAGCAUUGGAAGAAAUCAUUGGAAGAGAAGAAGAUGAAAAAGAGGAAAACACUUCAGAGAAAAGAAACAUUGUGAUGGAUGCAAACACUUCACCGAACCUCCAUCACUUCACACAAGUUGUUUCAAUGGAUGCAAAACGAAAUGAAGUUAUCGACAUGCUUGAGUUCCCAAAACUAGGCACAAUCAAGCUUCGCGAUUUAAGCAGUUUUAAGAGCUUCAGAUCUGAAACAAACAAUGAUGGCAUUCUUCAAACGUUGUUCAAUCAGCGGCUCUUGUUGGCUGACCAUAAAUUGCUUAAAUUUAUAGAAAGUUUGGUAGAGGCCGAGGGUCCUGCUCCUGCAGCAAGUUAA